CAAAGACCAUCAACCGCAACGCCUUCUGCUGAAUACCGCUUAUCUCUGCUUCAUCUCUGCUGCACUCCGUUUUGCUCUGCAAUGUAUCGGACACAAGCUUUCUAUCGCUUCUGCGCUCAAGCGCGAUCGGCGCACUCCUAUACUCGCAUUAACACUGCAGCUUCCCCGCGCUUCGUACCACGCGCUACCUCUGCCUUGGGCCCUUGUAUAAUACAAAGCCAACCUGCUCAUCAGCUUGCUCGCCGUUGUCUCUUCACCUCUUCAGUUUGGGUGACACUUCUCAAUACCUCUCAUCAGCGCGCGGCGCAGCAUGCCGCUCAAGUCGGCGUCAGAGCACGCGCUGCCUUUACAUCCAUUCAAGCGCGCUUGACUCAUCUUGUUCAUUCUCAGAACUCAUCAACUCUGUUGCGGUCGCGUAUGCCGGCGCGUGCAAGCCACCGGAUCAUGUGGAUGAGACAGGUCGGGUAUGGCAGUCGUGUUGCGAGUGCUAGCUACGUUGAGCAUUCACCAAGACCUUCUCUGCGCCUACAGAAAAGCUCAUUCUUGGUGAACGACUUUGACAGUCGAGCAACGUUACUAAAAUGGCGGAUUCGAACAAUGAUUGCUGAUGAGUCGACAUGGCGCCCAGACCGGCUGACUAUCUCCAUAUCAUCCCGGACAGAACGCAUCACACAGCGAUCUUGGCUGAACGUACCUGUCGAUGUGGCCGUUUUGCUUGAUCGAUUCGACGGCUGGCUUUUGCAGCAAUUUGCUCAAUGGAUCUUACGACUGUUUGGGUGGCAAAUGACACUGCUGGAGCGUGUUCAGCACUUGCUAGCUAGACCUGCUGUAUCACUUGUGGCAGUUCAUGAUACAGACAUGGAUAUUGCUCGAGCUGCAGCAAUGGCGAGACUGGUCGCCUGUGCUCGGCCUGUACAGUGAAGCGUUGACGCUUGAGUUGCUUUGUACAAGUGCAAGAAAUGUUGGAUAAGCUGACAAGGACCAGCCGGGUUUGAAAAUGUCGAUCCAACCUGUACCGAGGGGAAGUACGAGGCAACAAUAAUGGAGCUGGAAACAGAUGAACUGUCGUUCAAGAAUUGUUCACUUGUUGGCAAUCAAUUGCAGUCCCCCGACAAAGAGGCCAUUGGUAGAGCACCAAAUCCACAUGGAGGUCAAUAGCCAACUGCGCGAUGCUAUAUGGCCGUAAGCCGGACUCAUUGCACCCGCCCGUACUCGAAGACACAAAGUCGACCCGAUUCUUUCGUCAACUCUCGGACAAACACUUUGAAUAGGCAGUGGCCCUGUAGGCU